UGAUUCACAGUCGUGCGUCGUGCAGAGUGCAACACGUUGCGAACGAUAAUCACCACGCACUUCGCACACCCUGUUCGUACACGCAUGUACACGCACACGCGUCAAUCACAAUCCCGCCGAACGUAUCGAUCCGUAUCGUUUCAUCUCACCCUGCCUGUGAAACCGCCGUCGGCGCCGCCGAUAAGGGCCCGCGAGUCGACGACACGGUGAUAUUUCAUCGCGUUCUCCAAGUGGAUGCCGUGUCUUGAGAUCGCGACGAGAUCGAGUGCGUGUUGAUUCCACCGAAGGAUCGUCUCGUUGUUGUUCCUGCUGACGAGUCAGCGCGGUUUUCAGCACGUCGACCCGCAUCAUUUAACGUUGCAGCAACAUGUAUUAUCUGCAGUUGGCCGUGCUCUGCGUGACAGUAGUGAGCGUUAUUGGCGAUUUACCACCGGGCACCAGACGUAACACGUAUCUGCCGCCUGAGCCGACGACGAAGGGCGGUUACACUUAUCCGAAGCCGUCAGUGACAUUCCCUACACGUCCGCAAACCUUCCCGACGCGCCCGACGAUUCCCACCAGACCACCUACGCAGGGCACCUUCCCGACGCAGGGCACUUUCCCGCCAACCAGGCCCAUAAUCAGACCUACCCCGGACUACCCCGGUCAACCGACCGGUAUCAAUGGGAAUACCAUUGGCCAUGACCAUCAUCAUCACGAGCCCGGUAUGCCUUUCGAUUUCAAUUACGCCGUGAAGGAAGACGCCUUCGGCAACGAUUACUCACACAACGCUAUCAGCGACGGUGACAUCGUUCGCGGUGAGUACAGGGUGCAGCUUCCGGACGGUAGGACGCAGGUCGUACGCUACACCGCGGACUGGCAGCACGGCUUCAGCGCCCAGGUCUCCUACGACGGGACACCACGUUACGAUAUCCCUCGGCCGGGUGGUAACUUCAAUCGAGGCUAUUAGCUUUAGCGUCGAGAGCCUAGGGUUGUUCAAUUAUCGUUGAGAAUCAAAACUGCAGCACGAUGGAUCGUCACGCAUACCUGAAAUAGCGAUAUUCUAUAUGAAAAGAAAAACGGAGAAUGAAGAAGAGAGAAAUAAAAAAAGAGAGAAGACAAGGUCGGAGAUGUCAAGAGUGUAUCCUGAGAAAAAAAAAAUGAUAGCCCAUGAAGAGGACAAAUGCCCGCUAUAUCUUUUAUGAUGGCAUCGAUAAUAUCGAUGUUAUGCAGCUUGCGUAUCAGUAUGAUCCAAUCCAUGAAUCGCGACCUCUUCCCUUCCUUCUUUUUUUCCAAGUAGAUAAUAGAAAAAAAGAUGUGAUUAAUCUAUUAUAUUUAAUAUACGUUAUGUAAUAAUUAUCAUCUUUAUAACUCUGAUUAUUUUGGAGACAGAUUAGCUCGCGAAUUAUGAAAGAUUGAAUCGCACUGAUCUAUAUAUUAAACUCCCACGAUAAAAUCGUGACGUUAGCACACUGCUUUGUGAUAAAAAUUACGCAGAUGAAAGAAAAAAAAGAUCAAUAGACACGAAAUAGACAUAUUUUCUUUCUGUUAAUACCAUCUCGCUUCGCUUCGAAUACAGAAAUAUUUUACCUUUGAUUCUGAUGUUAGUAUAGACAAGUAUUGCUUAUCAAUAUUAUACAAACAAAAUAAUUUACGAUUAUGAGUGAACUAUGUAAUGAAGCAACUGUAAACAGUUAUAUAUAAUCGCGCACGUUUGUUGUAUAAAACUUAAAAGUAGUAUUAACGUCCUCUUUUUCUUGAAAAUGCCAGAUUUACACAAAUAGAAAUAUCUUUACAAUCAACCCUAGUUUCGACUGAUAAAUAUAAAUGGAUAUAUUAAGAAAAAAAUACUGCAAUGUCAAAUGUUCAACUCAAUAAAAUCUAUAUACCAUACCAAA